UUUUUCUCUGUUGUGGGACUGAAAAUGGAAGACAAUCGUGACACGGCGGGCCCUUCAGAACCUAAGAAACGUAAAACACAGGACACAAGAAACGUACAAAAACUAACGGAUGCGGAAUUAUUACGAAUAUUAGAAGAAAGCGAUUCGGAAACGGAACUGGCCAGUGAGGAGGACGGCGUGGAAUCCAGUGAAGAGUCUGACGGAGCCGAGUUUGUUUUAGAUGAGACUGUAGAAAUGGCUGUGAAUCCUAGCGACAGGGAAAUGGCAGAAGGAGUGGUAACAAGAGAUAACGCAGCUGAUACAACUGUUGCGUGGGAAAGAGAGCCAGUUGGAAUGAUAAAUUGCCCAUUUAUAAAAAAUGAGGGACUGCUUAUUCAACCGACGGAAAACACUCCCUUAGAUUAUUUUCGUCUUUUGCUGACGGACGAAUUUCUAUUGACAGUUGUAGAAGAAACAAAUCGAAACGCGAUUGAAUUAUUCCUUUCUGCGGGAACCAAAGGACAAUCACGAAUAAACUGUUGGAAAGAUGUGACUGUUGGCGAAUUGUUAGUGUUCUUGGGAGUUUUCCUGCACAUGGGAAAUGUAAAGAUGAGGAAUUUGCAGGACUAUUGGAAAAAGGACGCUUUAUUCAACGUGAAAGGAAUUGCCGAUAGUAUUUCACGAAAUCGUUUUCUGCUAAUACUACGUGCAUUACACUUUUCUGAAAAUCCAAAACAGGGCAAACCAACACCAUCCGACAGGUUGUAUAAAAUACGUCCCGUUAUCAAUUUUUUCAAUGAAAGGAUGUGCCAAGUUUACUACCCUGGACGGGAACUGUCUCUGGACGAAUCAAUGAUCCUUUGGCGUGGACGAUUACUUUUCCGCCAAUACAUCAAAAACAAAAAGCACAAAUAUGGCAUAAAGCUAUAUAUUUUGACAACUCCCACUGGAAUGGUCCUAAAAUUCGCGGUAUACACUGGCAUGCUGGACGAUUUAGGAGGAAGAGGCCAUGCGCAAAAAAUUGUUCUUCAUUUACUAGAUGAAAAGUUGAAUGCUGGUCACCAUGUGUACAUGGACAAUUACUAUAACAGCUUCGCAUUGGCAAAGCUGCUCCUGGAUAAGAAGACCCACUGCACGGGAACUCUGAGGGCGAAUAGGAAGGAUACACCCAAGGAAAUACAGGAAGCAAAACUACGAAAAGGUGAAGCCGUUGCCAGAUUUGCGGAAGGAGUUAUGAUAGGUAAGUGGCGUGAUAAGAGGGAGGUUUGCUACAUUUCUAAUGCAUUUACAAAUGAAAUGGUUGAGGUUGAAACCAAAAGAAAGGAGAAGAAAUCUAAGCCCUUGGCCAUUGUAAACUACAAUAAAUUUAUGGCGGGAGUUGAUCGGCACGAUCAGAUGUUAUCAUAUUACCUCUCGGAACGCAAAACCAUACGCUGGUACAAGAAACUUUUUAUCCACGUUGUGGAAAUGAUACUGACAAACGCACAUGCCCUACACAAUAAAUAUUGUGGCACAAAAAUGCCCCUCCAAGAAUUUAGACUCAGUAUUAUAAGAGCACUAUUGCCACGAAAGCAGGUAGAACGGCCAGUCAGAAAUCCCCAACAUGUUGUGGUAAAACGAGAAUCAAAUGGAAAAUCAAAAACACCGCGAAAAAAGUGCAGAUCAUGCGCCAGCCGUGGACAACGAACAGACACGAUUUACGAGUGCCUAGAUUGCCCAAAUAAAGCAGGAUAUUGUUUGAAUUGUUGUGUUAUUCACCACCUCUAA